AUGCUGUGCUACCUUGCUUUAGUUCUGGGGAUUGUGGUCACCGAUGCACAAGCUGAAUGGAGGCACCCUGUGAUCAAAUUCAACUCUAAGGUGGUGGAGGGCUCUGAGGUAGUGGCGACACCCGGUACGCCACUCAUUUUGACUUGUGAGGGAGACGGGCCAGUGAACUGGCAAACCCGGCUAGCCAAACACAGACGCUUUGUGACCAAGGCCAGUGGGAAUGUGCGUACCUUCAGGGUGGAACGUCCCACUGCAGAAUUCACUGGCACUUACAAGUGUAUAUACACUGCCGGGCUGCGCCGAGUACAUGACCUGGCCUCCUCGGUGCAUGUGUACAUAAAAGAUCCAAACCGUCUGUUCUGGACCAGCAGCACAUCUCUGCGUGUAGUGAGAAAGGAAGGUGAGGACUACCUGCUGCCCUGCCUUCUAACGGACCCGACGGCCACUGAUCUGGGCCUCCGCAUGGACAAUGGCACCACCCUGCCCCUUGGAAUGAAUUUUACAGCUUUUCCACAAAGGGGAAUUCUCAUCCACAGCCUCCACCCCAACUUCAAUGCCGACUAUGUCUGUACAGCGAAGGUCAACGGGGUGGAAAGGACCUCCAAGGCUUUUUCAAUAAAUGUUAUUCAAAAGCUGCGUUUUCCACCCUAUGUCUUUUUGGAGAAAGAUGAGUAUGUUCGUAUUGCUGGAGAGGAGCUCAAAAUUCGCUGCACCACACACAAUCCCAACUUCAACUACAAUGUCACCUGGAAACACACCACAAUAACGAAAUCAACCAUUGAAGAGGAGGUUCGAUCCAAUGGGGAAAACCGGCUGGAUAUAGAGAGUAUAUUGACUAUUCCAGUUGUGGACAUAGCAGAUACGGGGAAUAUUUCCUGCAUUGGCACUAACGAAGCUGGGGUCAACAGCUCAACUACAUACCUGAAAGUUGUAGAAAAGGCCUACAUCCGACUGUUGCCCCAGCUGUCCCCGAAGCUUGCCCACCAAGGUCUCUCUGUGGAAGUGAACGAGGGAGAGGAUCUGGAGCUCAGCGUGCUUGUUGAAGCGUACCCCCACAUUACAGAGCACGUCUGGGACACGCCCACAUCUCCAAACACCUCCACGCAAGAACACAAGUUCAUCAGAUACAACAACAGGUACCACGCUAAUCUACUGCUGAAGCGAAUGAAUGCCCAGGAGCAAGGCCAGUACACCUUUCAUGCAAGGAGCUCCUUGGCCAAUGCAUCUAUCACAUUUCAAGUGCAAAUGUAUCAAAGACCUGUUGCUGUGGUAAGAUGGGAGAAUAUCACCACCCUCACCUGCACCUCCUUUGGCUACCCAGCCCCCAGAAUCAUUUGGUACCAGUGUUUUGGAAUACGACCCACGUGCAAUGAAAACACAACAGGGAUGCAAAUGCCAAUCACUCUCCAGGCACCAACAGUAGAGGUCCAGAGAGAGGAAUAUGGGGCUGUGGAGGUAGAGAGCGUUCUCACAGUGGGACCCUCCAACCAAAGGAUGACGGUGGAGUGUGUGGCCUUCAACCUUGUUGGGGUCAGCAGUGACACUUUCGCCAUGGAGGUUUCUGAUAAGCUCUUCACGUCCACCCUCACUGGAGCAGCAGGCAUCCUUACCAUCCUCCUUUUGUUACUCAUCUUUUUGUUGUACAAAUACAAACAGAAACCAAGGUAUGAGAUUCGGUGGAAGAUCAUUGAGGCCAGGGAUGGUAACAAUUACACCUUCGUUGACCCCACUCAGCUACCUUACAAUGAAAAGUGGGAAUUCCCACGGGACAAGCUGAAGCUAGGGAAGGUCCUGGGUGCAGGGGCCUUUGGGAAAGUUGUGGAAGCCACAGCCUAUGGUCUAGGAAAGGAGGACAAUGUUGUACGUGUAGCUGUGAAAAUGCUGAAAGCCAGUGCUCACUCAGAUGAGAGGGAGGCUUUAAUGUCUGAACUGAAGAUUCUGAGCCACCUGGGACAUCACAAGAACAUCGUCAACCUGCUGGGAGCCUGCACCUACAGAGGACCGGUGCUCGUGAUCACAGAGUACUGCAGCCAUGGCGACCUCCUAAACUUCCUUCGCCAGAGAGCAGAGACCUUCCUGGAUUUUGCUAUGAACAUACCUGAGAUCAUCCAGGAGUCCAGUGACUACAAGAACAUCUGCAGUCAGAAACAGUUCAUCAGAAGUGACAGUGGGAUCUCCAGUGAGUGCUCAGGCAGCUACCUGGAGAUGAGACCCAGCCAGCAGGCAGGCAAAUCCUCUCAAGACUCUGUGUGUGAGGAGAGCGGCGACUGGCCACUAGACAUCGAUAAUCUGCUGGGGUUUUCCUAUCAGGUGGCUCAAGGCCUUGCUUUCUUGGCAGCCAAAAAUUGUAUUCACAGGGAUGUAGCUGCAAGGAAUGUCCUCCUAACUAGCCAUCGAGUGGCCAAAAUAUGUGACUUUGGCCUUGCUCGGGACAUCAUGAAUGACUCCAACUACGUGGUGAAGGGCAAUGCUCGACUGCCGGUGAAGUGGAUGGCUCCAGAGAGUAUUUUUGACUGUGUGUACACUGUCCAGAGUGACGUCUGGUCCUAUGGCAUCCUCCUUUGGGAGAUCUUCUCCCUAGGCAAGAGCCCUUACCCCAGCAUGGCUGUGGACUCCAGGUUCUACAAGAUGGUGAAGUGUGGCUACCAGAUGUCUCGACCAGACUUUGCUCCUCCUGAGAUGUAUAUGAUCAUGAAGAUGUGUUGGAUUCUGGAGCCUACGGAGCGCCCGACUUUCAGCGAGAUCAUCCAGAUGAUAGAGAGGCUACUUGGGGAUAAUCCUAACCCAGAACAGCAGAUGUACCAGAAUGUGCAACAGCAGGUCAUGAUGGAUGAGGUGUGCAACGAGCCCAAGUGCUGUGAUGGCCCCUGUGACCCGUCUUGUGACCACGAGGAAGAGGAGCAGCCUCUGAUGAAGACCAACAACUACCAGUUCUGCUAA